AAAUGCCAAUAUUAUCGAACCUUUCCGAUUACGAAGAUGAAGAUGAUAUUGUAGCUGAGUAUGAAACACGAGAUUCUGAUGUAAAUCAACUUAAUGUUGAGAGAGACGAAGGCACAGGCUCGGAGAAUGAAGAAAGUACAGAAGCAAACAAUGCACGAAGAAUUGAUCCAUCAUCGUCUAAAAAGCAUGUAGUAAGAAAUCCUAUACCUAAAUUGAACACAGAGCGUGUAAAAGGCCCUAAAGGGAUACAAACUAUUGAAAAAUACUUUGAGGGAUUUAAAUUUCAUGGAAAUGGAUAUGAGAAGUUAGAUUUGGAUAAGGUUAUGAAGAGAAUGGAACAUUGGGCACAUAGAUUGUUCCCAAAAUUAGGGUUUGAUGAUUUUAUUGAGAAAUUGGAGAAGUUGGGUACUAAGAAAGAUCUUCAGGUAUUCAUUAAAAAAUAUAGACUAGAUAUGAUUACUGCGGAUGAUGCUGUAAUAAUUCAGGAUAAUGCAGAGGAAGAAAAUGAUAAAGCACAAGACGAACCUUUCGAUGAAUUUGAUUUACUAAUUGCUGAACAAAUAGAGAAACAAAAACAAGUUAUUAAUCAACAGUCGUCAACAUCCAAUGCAGCCGAGGCUCUAUUUGAUGAAGUAUUUUCAGAAACUAAUAAUAAGAACUCUCAACCUGUUCAAGAAAGUCCUCUUCCGCCACAGUUAAGUGACGAGACAAAAGACCGUAUAGAAAGAAACAGACAACAAGCUAUUCAGAGAAGACUUGCAAGACUUAAAGCCAAAGAAAUGGAAGAGGAAAGUAAAAAACAGAAAUUGGAAGAUGUUGAAGGUACACAAUCUGAAGAUAGUGCUUGUAAUUUACCAUCAUCUAGCGAAACUGCAAAUUCAGAGAAUACAAAUUUUAAGAAUAAUUCACAAGAGGCAGAUAAGAAUGAUCAAACAGAAAUACCACAAAGUCAGUUAUAAGAAAGUAUAAAUAAAUUUUAUAAUAUGAAAGUAUUAAUGCAGCAUUUAAAAACCAAUAAGCGUGACAAAUAA